AUGCCUCCUCAACAAAGCAACAACAUGACUAAACAACAGAAGAUCAAUUCUGGCAUUGAAAAGCUUAAGGCAGCACGUGCUGAAGCUGCUGAGAAGAAGGCCCGCGAUGCUGCAAACCGUCCUACAAAGGCUAGCUCAUCCACCGCCGCAACUUCUGUAAAUCAAGCUCCUAAACCGAGCACUUCCAAUUCCAUCUCAUCUCUUCCCCGUAUGAAGAAGCGUCCAGGAAAAUCAAUGAACGAGGUUGCUGAGAAGAAAGCCGCCGAGGAAGCUGCUGCCGCCGCCAAAAUCAAGCGCAAGAUGGCAGAGAAGGAAGACGGAGAGAUCGAUAGCGACGAAGAGGAUAUAGUUUACAAAGGUCGCAUGAACAACGGUAAUCAAAAUCGGAAGUUUGCCCCAGUCAAUAACAAACACAACAAGACCAUUGCUUCAGUCCCAGCUUCUGGUCAUGCGCCAUCAAACAACAAAGACCAAAAGACCUUUGGCCGCAAUGAAAUCAAGAAUGAGGCUAAGAACACCACAAAGUUCAAGCCCGAUAUCCCAAAGCUCUCUCCCAGAGUUCAAAAGUCCCAGGACCUCAAGAGACCUGAAGAGAAGGAGCAAUCUUCAUUCAAGCGCAAAUAUUUCGACACGGACUCUACUGAGUCUGAAGAAAAAUUCGCUAAGCCUGCCAAGAAGCCGAAGACCACAAAGGCAGGCAUGAACUUUGAAAUUGUUUCCACCAAGCGCAAGCAUACUGAGGAGGUAGAAACAAGUGGUCCUGUAAAGAAACAGAAGAUCACUGAAGAAGUUAAAACCCCUGUUGCUGCUCCUGCAAAGCGCGCCCCUAUCAAGGAGACAAAGCUUCGAAACAAUCCCACCAAGAAUCUGUUCGGUUUUGGUGGUUCCAGAUCUACCAAGAAGCCAACAACACCAAAGAAGGGUUUCAUGCAACCUAAAUCUGUUUCUAAGGCAGCAAACGAAAAUGGUGAGAAAUCUACAGAAAACGUCUUGAAAUCUGUUUCUGCGCAAGUUAAACCAAAAGUUGUCGCAUCGAAUAGCGAGUCAGCCGCUCCAUCGACUGAAGAGCCAUUAAAACUCCGAUAUCUUCCCAACGUUUCCAUGGAGGAGCUUUUUGGUGAAGCACCAAAUGUAGCAGAUAAACCAGCCUCUGAUAACGUCUCCAUGGAGGAGCUUUUUGGUGAAGCACCAAGCAUUGCAGCUCAACCAAUCAAGACCCCACGAUCAGCAUUUGAUAGCAUCCCACCACGAUCAGCCUUUGAUAAAGCCCCUGUCAAGACUAAAUCUAGUCGUCGUGGUCCAACUCCUGCUUCCAAAGUCGAAGUUACGAAAUCAUCUGCUUCGUCAGGAUCCAUGUCUACCAUGGCAUCAAACAAAGCGGCACAGCCUAGUCGCCGUAAAGUUUCUCCUGCUCCUAAUGCCGAAGUCGCAAAGCCAUCUGCUUCGAUUCAGAAAGCAUUACCGGCCUCCACCAGCACUUCUGAUAAGGUUCAAUCUAGUCGCCGUGGCGUUACUCCUGCUUCCAAGGAUGAAGUUACGAGAAAAAUUACUUCUUCAAUCCCAAUGCCCACGUCUUCAUCAAGUGGAGUGGUACAACCUAAUCGUCGUCGCGCCGUUUCAGCUCCUCAUUUUGAACUCAAGAAGCCAUCUGUUUCGUCAAAACCAUUGAGCACCGAGAUACCAACAAAAGAGGCUAGUAGAUCUACGUCGUCCAGUAUUACAAAAUCAACUUCCUCUCCAAGAAAGGUGAUCAAGAAGGGAAACGGAACUGACGUAGUGGUGCCCACUCUUGUAUCUCCAGUUGUUGACAAAGUCGAAAACACAAAAGACAUCAUGACAGACAAAUCUGAGCCAAAGAAAGUGGAGAUCCCAGAACAGCCAAAGAAAGUGGCUGAAAUUAAUCGUUCUCUUCCAGCAAGCUUGAACAUUAAGACUAAGGUGGUACCAGAGACAAAAAUCAACAAAGAUGUUAUUAGUCUCGAUCCCAAGGCUGGAACUUCAAGCCAAGCCCAACGACCAAUGCCACAAUUUCUCGGGUUUCCUGGACUCCCAGCUGCAAAUUCGGAUAGAGGAUCUGUUUUGAAUGACUUUUUUAAAUUUGAAAAUGCCAAAGAAACUUUCAAGACUAUUACUCCGAACACUGAACUCUCUGACACAGCGGAGGCUAGAGACGCCAUGGAACUUGAGCUUGAGCGCGAAAUACAAAUCGAACUUCAAAAUUCCUUCCAUGCUGAGCAAUUGCGAUCAGCUCUCGAAGAUUUGAUUGUUCUUCAAGCUGAAAAUGGUGAAUCAUCCGAUCAAGAUUCAUCAGACGAAGAUAGCGAUGAAUAUUCUUCCGGGGAUGAAUCUGAUGAAGAGCAAUGUGAAGUUCCUCAGAAGAUCUCUAAGCCAACUGUCUUGUACAAGGGAUAUAAUGGUGUCUUACAAGAGGAGCCCUUCUAUGCCAGGGAUCGGGGUUAUGAGACUAAUAUGUCAGACGCUGAUGAAGACGAGGGUGAAUAUUACCCACCACACCACCUUAAUGUCGCCUAUCAGCUUGCUCACCCGUAUAUCGAGAACUCUGUCUUCAAUAUACCGAUCACCCGCAAACCUGUCUCUCGUGAGCCAGCCGUUCCCGAAUCUGUCCUUGAUGAAUUGGAGGCCGAAAUGGAACGUUGUCUUGAAGCUCAAAUGGCUGAGGAUGCAGCUGCUGAAGAGAAAUUUUCACCACCGGUCAUUCCUCGCUCUGCCUUCGAUAAUUUUGAAGCAGAAGAUGAUUUUUCCUCUGAUGAGAGGCAUCAGCAGGAUCACUCGGAGGAAAUCUCAUCAGCCCCUGUUGUGAGCUCAAUGGUUUCUCUAAAGAGUUCCACCGACUUUGAGGGAGAUUUCAAUGAUGCAAUCUUUGAGUUUAAGGAUGCUUCAGGUCAGGAGUCUAGAUUAAUAGACGAGGAUCCAUUUUCCCUGCUAGACGCUUCUUUCACUUUCUCAAACGCCAUGGAAAUGCCAGUAGAGCAAUCUUCGACCUCUGAAGAUGAUGAUUCAGAUUCUACCAAAGAAUCCAGCGAUAUACUAGAAGAGGAAACCCCUCGGUCCGAAUCACCCGAGGUAAGCACUGGCCCAUAUGUUAGCCUAGAUGGCUGCGUCGGUUUGCCUCCACUUGAAGAUUUUCCUGACGAUUCUGAAGGCUCCGAUGACUGUGAUGAAUCUAGCCACUCCGACGUUGAGGAUUCAGAGAUGUCAGAAGGCGAUGAAUGCGACAUCAUUACCAUAGAUGACACCACACCAGAAGAGUCCGACGAAGAUGGUGAUCUCGAAAACUUAGACGAAGAUGAAGACGCAGAACUUUACCAAAAGCACAGAGUCCCGGCAGACCUCGCGAAUGUCGAGAUCACAAUGAAACCAACAGAAUUGCAAUCUCUGAAGGCGAAGACAUCAUGGGAAUUGUUCGACCUUCAAAAAUGGGAGCAGGAAAAUGAAGUCGAAGUUUAUGCAACAUUCGACCGCGAGCUUCUCCUUCGCAACUUGAAUGUCUCAAAGAAACGCAUUGCCAAGUAUAUGAAGGUGGUGAAAAAAUACGAGAAUCGCACUGUCCCAAAAGCUGAGGCUGUGAUGGAGGACGACAGCAGUGAUGAUUCGGGUGACGAUGAAUGUUCUCAUCCCAUCAAUCUCAAUUUACCACAAGUUGUUGAGAUCAUCAACGUCCCAGACAGUCCCCCUGUCGUCGAUCUUGAUACCGAGGUUAAAAGUAAUGCCCAUCCAUUCGGACCCAUCGAUUGGUAG